CUCUUGUACCGAAACGUGAAGGCUGUCAAGGUAGGCCAAAUUGAACGUUUCCAUCUCACAUAUACCCCUGAUGAUGCCACACGCCCGCUCACGUCACUCUGGCUCAAGGUGAAGAAUACGGAAAUGUUAGCGCUUCGCGCGGCGUAUCUUGCCGGCCCGUACACGCUCUAUGUGGAUGUGCGCAGCAGCGAGUACGACCAGGACCAAACCACAUUUAUCACGGCUGACCAGCCGAUCUUCGAGCCAGAACUCACGGCCGGAAGAGCUUUCUACGCGGAGCUCUCGAUGCGGACACUCAAGCCUCGAUACGAGUGGAUUGUGGAUGUGAUGAGCCAGGUGAUUUUCAACCCCGCGACCAGUGUGAACUUUGAGAUCCAGGUGGGCACCAGUCGCGAGGUUUUGAGCCACGGCUGGGAGUCGCACAAGAUAGGCGGCCUCGACACGCGGCUCAGCGUCGUCAAUCAGGACACGUUGGAUCUUUGGAAUAUCCCCAAGCCGAUCAAAGAUAAACCGGUUCAUCUUGUGGUGCUUACCCACGGGCUUCACUCGAACAUCGGCACAGACAUGUUCUAUCUCAAGGAGGCCGUGGAGAAGCAUACCCAAUCAAACGUUAUGGUGCGUGGCUUCCACGGAAACGCAUGCAAGACCGAACGUGGAAUCAAGUAUCUCGGUAGCCGUGUGGCAGAGUUUGUGAUGGAGGUUUAUCUCCAAGAGCCUAGUAUUACACAGGUCUCGUUUAUAGGCCAUUCGUUGGGAGGCGUGGUGCAGACCUUUGCCAUUGCCUACUUGGAGAGUAAUUUCCCCAGCUUCUUCAAACAGGUGCAACCAGUUAAUUUCAUCACCCUUGCAUCCCCCAUGUUGGGCAUAGCCAGCGAGAACCCUGCCUUCAUCACUAUGGCGUUGACUGCUGGCGUGGUGGGCAAAACGGGCCACGACUUGGGUCUCAAGUACGUUGAUGGGCAUAAACCGUUGUUGUUAUUGCUUCCAACAGGCCCAACACACAAGAUCCUUAAGCGAUUUGAGCGGCGCACGGUGUAUGCGAAUGCGUCGAACGACGGGAUUGUUCCGAUACGGACCUCCGCGUUGUUGUAUUUGGAUUAUAAGGGACUAGCGGGAGUGGAAAUGGUAGCAAAGAAGUAUGCCUCGAAGGAGGAAGAAAGGGAAAAUCAUACUCAUGCGAUCGCUUCAGGCUCUGAUAUCGGCCAGAUUCCCAUCUCUGCCGAGUCUGGAAUUGCCGCAACCACCAAAUCGUUCUUCUCUGGAACCCCUCUACAAAAUGCUCUAUCUUUUUUUAUGCCCCAGGCCCAGAAGCGACCGGCAAAUAGUGGGUUUGCCAAGUUCCAGACCGUGGAUAAAGAGGCAGACCCCACACAAAAAGCCGAUUCCGACGAGGGGAUUUCCGAGUCCUUAUCCAAAACAUCCAUGAUUGGUUCCGCUGCUGCGCUCAUCUUGCCCCCAAUGCCGUCGGUCAAGUUUAUCAACGACCCCCAGAGCAGGGAACCGGUAAUUUUCCAUGACAGGGUCUAUCAGUCGUCGGAUCUUCCUCCCCAGGAAAAACGCGAGACUAGUUUCAUCCAGUCGAUAGAUCCGUUUUACAGCAUCGCCGCGAUGGAGGAAGAAAUUGCGCGGGCUUACCACAAGGAGAUGGCUUGGAGAAAAGUGCUCGUUAAUUUAAAGCCCGAUGCUCAUAAUAACAUCAUUGUUAGAAGGCGAUUUGCGAACGCCUAUGGUUGGCCCGUUAUAGAUCACCUCAUUGCCAACCACUUUGGGUCUGGGAAUACUGAGCGAGCCUCUUCACUGCCUCGUUUUUCCCCUGACAGGUUCGGUCCUGUAAAGUCAACAGAAUUCUCGUUUAAGGAUCUCAGCCUCUUUAACGAUAUCCUCUCGCGCGACAGGAUCAUCGAGGAGAAUGAAAUGGAGGACGACCUUGGAUCGCUUACGGACGUCGCUUCCACGGUUACAUCCUUGCGCACAGCCGAGGAUGACGAGCGGUGGAUCAACUUCCUGGGAAACGCCGAAUCGAUCUUUGCCGUUGGCCCUACGGGUAUGAUUUCGAACGUGGGUGAGUUUGUGGAAAACUUCAGGACCAACCUUCAGAAUUUUGCCACCAACAAU